UUGCACACACAUUUACACGCACAACAGCCAUCAUACAUAGGCCCCGUUGCACGUCGGGAAAUUAAACAUGUACGUACGUCAUAUAUCACAAAAUAAAGUGUUAAGUGUCCAUGGAUUUUAGGUCUCAGUUUUAAUUUCCCUAAAAGGUGCGCAUGAAUUUUAUAUUGGUGGUGUGUUUUUUGCUCUCAAUACGGAGUUCUUUGGUGACCGGUGGCCGGGUGAGAGACGAAGCGCGGAGGAAGGACGUUCUCCUGGGACGCUCGCCAAUUUCUCAACACGGGAACAGCGUCGCACUUGAUAGCCGGAUUCAGCGGUAGUGCAUUGCAUUUUGCGUGUUUAAAAGACAUUUUGAAAUUAAUAAAUUGCAUCGGAUAAGAUGCACUUUGCGUGCAUAACACGCAAUCAAUUUGUAGUUGAAGUCAGUGACCACAAAAACGCUUAUACGAACAAGCAUAGACACGUUCUGGCAACCUGGUUUCCCGCGAAUCUUUGCCCUCCCCCUCCAAUGACCACGUCUUCUCUUCCUCAAGUCAUUAAGGGUCGUUAAAUAAAAGUUUCAAUUUUCUUAUUAUUUAAUUUCAAUAGUUUGUUGUUUUUUUUUCGAUAAACAAAACAAGUUUUUUUUAAAGGCGGCAAACACGGGGGCGAUGACAGUGUCAUGCGCUCGCUGAAAGUGAUUUCUCCUUUCGCAAUGUUAUGAAGAACCUUGUGCUUUGCGCUGAUGUAUGUUUCACAAGGCAGUUUUUCCUUUUGUAGGAAAUGUGUUUUACCAUUAGUGAUAUUGUGCUCUUAAAAAUUACUGUGAAUAGAGAAAUUUAUUCAACGUUUAAAAACAUUUGAAAAUCGAAAAAAAAAAAAAAAAUCUCGUCAGUGGUGCUAAAUAGUGUUAAUAGCCAUGUAGCUGAAAGAUAAAAAAAAAAUAGUCUCACCUAUCUUGUUUCUGGAAUUUCACGUAUAACCUUUUUCUAAAAAGGUUAAGAUAGGUUAAGUGUGGUCUGAUUUUUGUACUGUUAAAUGCAAUUAAAAAACUAGUCAACAUGUGCGAGCAAACGGAAAUCAAUUACAUGAACGGAGAUGUCGUCUGGGUUAAACUUUCAAGGUGUUGGUGGCCUGGCCAAGUUGUUGGCUAUGAAAAUUUACCCGAAGAUGUUCAAAUUGAAUAUACAAAAAAGUCUUUGAUUGCUGCUGUUAAAUUUUUUCAAGAAGAUUGUUUUGAAUAUGUGAAGAAUUAUCAGCAAAUUUAUAAAUAUAAUUGUACGCAAAAGGAUGAUUUUAUUCAGAAAGGCCUAGACAAAUAUCGAAGCGCAAUGAAAGAUGGUUCAAGCUAUAUGAACAAAUUUCCCGAGGAUGUUGAGACUGCUGAGAGAAUAACAGGUGGCGAUCCCGAAAUAAUAUUUAGUGAUAAAUUCAGUCCAGCGGAGAAACCUGAUAUCUCAUCAUUAUUUGGCGAGAAGAAAAUACCGAAGAAAAAACGUGACGAUUCACAAAGAAGAAGUGAAGGUGGUGCAACGAUGUCAUCGAAAAAAAUCACUCAUCAAAGAUUUAUGCGACAAAGCGAUCAUGAAAUUCGAAUACGCGAACAAAUUGUUAAUUCACCAAAUGCAAAUAAUUCAACAUACUUUCCAUGUUGUCAUUGCAAUUUUACUAGUACUCGUGUAAAUGUUUUAAUUGAACAUUUAAAAAGUCAACAACACGAUGAUUCAUCAAAUAAUAAAAAGAAAACGUCCACUAAACUUGUUUCUAAAGCAAAGAGUAAACAUUAUGAAAAUGAUACUCCAAAGAGAAAAUAUGUGAAAAAAGAUAAAUCAAAUGUGAAUAAAAAUAAAUCUGACACUGCUGCCGAGCAAAAGAAGAGAAAAUUGGGUAAAUCACCCGAUAAAAGUAUCAAGAAAAAGAAAUUAAAUGCCCAAGAAGAAAGAAAACGAAUUCAAGAUGAAUUAUUGGAAGAUUGGGUUGACGAUUCUGAUGUUGAUAUGAAAGCCGAUUUAGAUCCAGAAGAUUGUUUUGAUUUUAAUUCAACUUCCGAUACAACGUGUCCUGAUACAUUAUCCCUCACGUGUUCACCAACGAAAACAUCGCCAAUUAAAAAUAAUGACACAAGUCUCAUUGUUGAACGUGAAAUAAUUCAAGAGGAAGAAAAAGAAGAAGGUGAAAAUAAUUCCGAAUCAAAAGCAAUUCCCGAUGAUGAAACAUUAAAUUUACUUGAGCAAUCUGAAAAAUUGCUUAUGGAAACAAAAAAAUUCCUUGACGAUUCCAGUGGAUCAUCCAAAAGUCCCAAGAGAUUGAUUGACAAAUUUAAAUCCGAUAAAUUUAAAUCAAAAUCAAAAGACAAUAAAUUUUCCGAUACAAAAAAUGACCAAACACCAUCUUCAGAGGAUAAUGAUGAUAAAAAAUCAAGAUUCGCUUGUUUUGAAUUUGACGAAGAAGAUAUUCCCGAAACAACCACCGUACAAAAGCCGUCGAGGUUUUUUCUAAAGAAAGACAUGAUUAAAGAAUAUGAAAAAAGUGAGGCAAUAAAAAAUGAAAAAGAACGACAUUCGGGAAAAUUUUUUCAUCGAGAAACAAUUGUCGCAAGAACCAAUGAAUUAGACGAUGACGUCGAUAUGGAGAAGAAUAAAUUUUUUAAAAGUAAACAAAAAUCAAUUGAAACUAAAGAUUCUGAUGCCAUAAAUAAAAUGGAUGAAAUUUCAAAUAAAAAUAACGAUGUCAAUAAUAUGUUUCGCGAGACAACAAGCACAAUGGACAAUUUUUUAAAAUCAACCGAUAAAUCACAAGUUGAAGAAGUGGAAAUUGUCGAGAUUUUUGAAGUUGAACGAGAAGAAGAUGACGUCGCAGCUGAAACAAUAAAAGAAUCUCAAACAGAAAAUAAAGCAAAUUUUGAUAUUUGUCAACAAUUAUCUGAAAAUUCAACGAAAAUGGAAACUCAUGAUGAAAAAUUUCAAAAUAUUUCAUCUGAGAAAAUAAUUUCAGAAACUACACAACUAAAUGAAAAUUUAGACAAAGAAACUGAAUUGUCCAAGGAAGAUGAAAUAACAGAAAAUAUUGAUUCAAAAAUUGUUCCUGAAGAAAAAAUAAAUUUUCAAUUGGAUCUAAAAGUCGAUAAACCGGGGGAAAUAGUUGACAAUUCACCUGAGGCAAAAACAGAAGUAAAUGAAGAAAUCAUUGAGACAACAGCAAAAAAACGACGAGGCAGAACAAAGAAAAGUAUUUCAAUUGAAACACCACGUCGUUCAAGUGUCGAACAAAAAAGUCUAAUCGAAGACAGUCAAUCAGAAACUGAACCAACAACGCCAUUGGAAAUAUUAACAAAACCCAAAGGUAAAAGAGGACGUAAACCAAAAGCACAAACUUUAUUUCAAAAUUUAUUAAAACAAAACGAAGAAGAAAUUAUCAUGACACAAUCGUCAGAAAAUGUCAUUGACGAUAGUCAAUUAACAAUUCAAGACGAUGAUAAAAUUCACGACACAACCAUCGAAAUGGAAACAAUUUUAAAUGAUUCAAAACCAAAACGAGGAAGAAAACCAAAAAACUAUCGUCCACCCUCACAGGAGAAACAAAUUAAUGAAUCAUUUAAUCUCACCGAGGACAGUCAAUCUGAAUGUGAAGAAAAAAGUUUUCACAUUGAAAAAAAUGUUGACAUUGUUGUGAAACCAAAGUCAAAAAGAGGUCGAAAACCAAAAAAAUCACUUUCAACUCAAGAAAAAAUUUCCGAUUUAUUUGGACCCGAUGAAAUUGAUAUUGUUGCACAGGGAAGUGUUGAAAAAUUACCCGAAGAAAAAUUAGAAUUAGAUGAAAACAGUGAAAAUUUUCCAAAAGAAUCACCAAUAAUUGAAGAAUCGAUAGAAAUUGUAAAAGAAUCAACAAUGGAAAUUGAUUCAUUGCCUGUUGAUUUUGAAACAACGAAUGAUAAAGAAAAAUUUCUCAUCGACGAUGUGAAAACAAUUGAAAAGGAACAAAUUUUACAAAUUGACAAUUCCCAACUACAACCAAAUGAAAUAAUUUCAAAUUUUGAGAAAAAAAGCCGAAGAAAAAAGUCACCAAGUGAAUCGAGUAAGGAACAAGAAAUUGAAUCCGAAUCAAUUGAAUUAAAAAAGUCCGAUAAAAAAAUUAAAGAAAAAAAAGAAAUUCCAAUGGAACAUACAGAAAUAAUAAUAAGCGAAGAAACGAGUGAAAAAAAUGAGUCUGAAUUAAAAACAUCAAAAUUUGACAAAAGUCGAAGAACACGAAAAUCAACAUUGGAAAUUUCGAGAGAUGAAUUUCAAAUUACAGAAGAAAUAACCGAAACUUCAAGUGACAAACCAGUGUCAAUAAUUGACGAUUUGGAACAAAAGAAAUUGGAAAAAAAGUCCAAAGGAAAAAGAACAUCUGAAGUACAUGCCAAAGAAUCAACACCCGAACAAUCGUUAGAAAUUUCAAUUGAUACAAAAAAAUUGGAGAAAAAAGGCAAAAAUAAAUUUGAAAUGAAGGAAGAACAAUUUUCCGAAAUUUCGACAAUUCCAGAAACAAUGGAUGAUAUUCCUCAUGUUGAAUCAAAAAAAGAAAAAAAGGGAAGAGGAAGAAAAUUAACUGUCGAUAUUAAUAAAGAAGAAUCAUCAUCAUCAUCAUCUCAAGAAAUUUUAGCAAUUGUCGAAACAAUUGACGAAAAAAUAGAAACAAAAAGAAUUGAAAGACGUGGUAGACCAAGAAAGUCAGCAAUUGAAGUCACUAUGGAUGCCGAAAUUGAAAAAUUACCUGAAUCAACUGAAGAAAGUCAUUUACAAGAACCAGAAAAAAUUGAGGUAAAAAAAAUUGAAAGACGAGGUAGACCAAGAAAAUCAACAAUUGAUGUCACUAUGGAAACGGAAGUUGAAAAAUUAUUGGAAUCCACUCAAGAAAUUCAUCCACCGGAAUUGGAAGCAGACAAAAAAAUUGAAAGACGAGGUAGACCCAGAAAGUCAAUUAUGGAAACUGAAGUUGUUGAUGAAGUCGAUAAAUUACCGGAAUCAAUUCCAGAAAUUCAUUCAUCACAAUUGGAAGCAAUUGACAAAAAAAUUGAAAGACGAGGUAGACCGAGAAAAUCAACAAUUGAAGUCAACAUCGAAACAGAAGUUGAAAAAUUAGCCGAACAAUCUGAAGAUUAUUUACCAGAGGCAAAAGAAGAAAAAGAAGAAUCCGACGUUGAGAAGAAAAAAGCGGAAAAAAAGAUUAAAGGAAGAAAAUCAAUGUGCGAAAUAAAAGAUGGGGAAAUUUUCGAAAGAAUAGAAAUUCCAGAAGAAAUAUCCGAAACUCCAAUUAUCACCGAUGAAUUAAUCGAACAAAUAAAACCUGAGAAAAAGCGAGGAAGAAAAUCGACAAUUGAACUUCAAAUGGAGGAAGAACAAAUUUCCGAAGAAAGUCAAUUAUCAGAAUCAAUGGAUCAUCAAAUUGGCGAUGUGAAAAAACCCGAGAAAAGAGGUAAACGAAGAAAAUCGACAAUCGACACACCGAAAGAAGAAGAAGAAGAAGAAGAAGAAGAAGAAGUAGUAACAGAACAAUAUCAUCAAGAACAAGUCGAUGUAAUGGAACCGGAAAUUGAUGCCGAACACACGGAAGCAUCGAAAACAUACAAGGAACAUCGAAAACCCGGACGUCGAAGAAAAAAAUCAGUCGACAUCAAAAUCAAACAAGACGGUGACAAUGAAUCAGAAUCAAUUGACACAAUUGAAAGUACACCACUCAAAAGAAAUGGACGAAGAAAAAAAUCAUCGUCAUCAAUUUCAGAAAUCCUCCCCGAAAUGAAAGAUCAAGAUGGUGAAAAAUUGGAAUUGGAAACUAUUUUAACGGAAUCAAUUAUUGACGGCAAUGAAUUGUCCGAGAAAGAGACGAAAAAACGAGGACGAAGAAAAAAGUCCGAAAAUGAUUCCGAACAAAUGAAAACUGUUGUUCCAACACCAAAAGGUAAACCAGGUAGAAAAAAGAAGAUAAUUGAACCAGUGAAAGAAGAUUUUUCCGAGCAUGAGAAAAAAAAGUCUGAAUUUCAUAUUAAAGAGGAUGAUGCAGAAAGAAUGGAAUUUCCAAUGGAACAAGAAUCAUCAAUUCUUCCCGUGCAAGAGCAAAUUCCCUCAAUGGAAAUAGAAAAUGAUCAAGUUCCAGAAGCAAUGGAAGAAACAUUUGUGACAACGGAAAUUGUUGAAACAACCGAAAUUGUUGAAUCAACUCCAUUUAUUGAAUCAACAAUUGUUGAAUCAACGCCAAUUGUUGAAUCAUCGACAAUUGUUGAAUCAUCGCCAAUUAUUGAGUCAACGCCAAUUGUUGAAUCAACGCCAAUUGUUGAAUCAACAUCAAUUAUUGAGUCAACUCCAAUUGUUGAAUCAACAUCAAUUGUUGAAUCAACACCAAUUGUUGAAUCAACGCCAAUUGUUGAAUCAACACAAAUAAUUGAAUCCACUGAACUUGAUCAACAAACAGAAGUGGUUGAAACAACAGAAGUUGUGGAAACAGAAGUGGUAGAAACAACCGAAGUCGUCGAAACAACGGAAGAGAUUGGAACAACGGAAGUUGUUGAAACAACAGAAGUCGUUGAAACAACGGAAAUAAUUGAAACAUCCGAUAUUCCAUUACCUGAAGCAGAAAAUUCAUCAAGUGAAAAAAUAUUUCCUGCGGAAAUAAAAGAAGAUGAAGCUAAAUCAUCAAAAACAAUUCAAGUCAAUAAUGUCGAGAAAGCACGAUCAUAUUCAAAUUUUCUCGAAUUGGACAUGUUACCACCGAAAAAGUCACAAAUCAAAAAAUUUGAACUCUCACAAAUAGAAUUUAAUUUGGAGAGUGAAAAUGAGAAAAAAGAAAAAAUACCAACAAUGAGCGAAACUGUAAAGAAACUCGAUGAUAUUGGUAAUAUGGAACUUGAAAUACGUUUGCAGCAAGGUCACACGGUUGAAGAUUCAAAACCACUUGAAGAUGUUCUCACUGAUGAGACAAAAGAUGUAAAUGUUUUCGAGGCAUUAACAACUGAUAAUGUAUCAGCAGCAGUUGUUGUUGAAACAAUGCCACAGGAAAUUAAUCAACUCUCUGGUAUGUCAACUGAUAAGGGAUUUACAACAAUGGAUCGUAAAGAUGUUGACGAUGAGACAUUAGAAAAAGAAGAACAAUAUUCAAUGAUUGAACGAACAUUAGAACAAAUGGAUUCAGUAUCACCGAAAACAGUUCGCGAAGAUCCACCACCCGUUAAUAAAUCACCAAUGCAAACACGAUAUCAAGGUAAAUUUACACCUGAAACAGGCUCAAGAAGUAGUAAAAAAGAAAAGGAUAUAUUUGCCCUCGAUAAAAAUACAACAUUUCAAGAUGUUUUUAUCAAAACACUUCAAAUUGAAAACGAAGAUGAAGAAGAUGAAACACAUCAAGGUAAAGCAUCGAAAAAAAUGAGAAAAUCAAAGAAAAAACCAAGUGACAAUAAUUUAAAUUCAGAUCUCGGUAAACAUGUUCUAACAUCAAAAAUUGCAAAUAUACACGAUCAAGAUAUUUCUGGAACGUCGUCAAUGACAAAUUUCGAAGGUGUUGAAGUUGUUGUUGGUCAAAAUUUAGAAAUUGAGGAUAAACCACAGUCAACAAAUUUUGACACACUUCCAAAAGAUACGAAAAGCACACAAAAUGAAAGUUCAAUGACAUUGGAAGUGAAAUAUGAAGAAAUUGCCGUAUCAUCGCCAUCGUCAUCAUCGGAAACAACAAUGCCAGUGAAAAAACGUGAAAAACCAAGAAUUAUCGAAAAUGUCGCUCUCAAGGAGCCAAUGAUUUUAAAAUCAAAAUUACUCGAGAAAUUACCAACAAAAGUAAUGAAACAUAAAUUAGAAAGUGACACAAUUUUAAAAGGUGAUAGUCCAAGGGCAAAAAUCAUGAAACUCGAUGGAAAAUCACCGGCAAAAUUCAAAAAAACUUUAAAAACCGAUGAAUUAAUAACAACAAAACUCAUUAAUACAACACCACAAACAAUAACAUCACUUUCAAUAUCUGAAAAGUGUAUUCAACAGAGUUCACAAAGUCUCGAGGAUAUGGAUUUAGACAUCAGUAAUAUGCCAAUUGUUCUUAGUGAAGAUGUUCUUACUCCCGAAAGUAUUGAAAAUAUGCCUGUUGUUAUUUCAGGUGUAAUUUCAUCAGAUAUUGAUUCACAAUCAACAACAGGACAAGUUAGUGUAUUACCAUCGUCUGAAAUUAAUUUUCCCCUCAAUGAUCAAGCAUCAACAUCAAUGUCAACAGCAACAACAACAACAACAUCCACAACAACGACAAAUGAUUCCGAUGUUACUCUAUUGAAGAAAAAAGUUGGAACACCAGCGAUUUUGAAAAAUAAAGUCAAAGGCAAACCAACAAUAACAAACAUCACAACAAUUGUCCCUCCACUCGCAAUGGGUGUGAAAAAUGUGAAAUUCCAAAAUGCUCAAACCGGUAAAACAACAACCUAUCAAAAAGAUACACAAGAAAAAUUUUUCAUCGUUCACAGUGGUCAACAACGUGGUUAUAAAGUUCAAGGUAAACCUGGAACAUCACAAAAAUUAAUGCUCCCAACAAAUAAAAGUCCCGAAAGUGUACAAUACAUUCAACAAGAUCGAAAAUUAAUGAUUAUACCAUCAUCAACGGUUGGACAAAAAAUGGUACCAUUAAAUGUCACAAAAUCCGGUGGCAAAGUACAAAGAAUAUUAUCACAAAAAGGUGAAAUAACAACGGUAAUACCACAAAAUUAUCAAGUUAAUAAAACAGUUAUUCGACAAAGUGAUUCAAAUUCGCCAACAACAUCAAAAAUUCCCGGUGCAAAAAUUAUUAAUCCCCGUGGAAUAAUAACAGCUAAAGGUACCUUGACGCCAAUUGGUAAAUCAUCACCAAUUACCGUUAGGCCAGUUCUCUCGAAAAAUAAUACAAUUCUCACAUCAAGUAUUGCAACAUCAAAAAAUAUUCUAACAUCCCUACCGCAAACAAUUGUAAGUCCAAAAGGCACAAUUUUAACACCAAUCACUGGACAACAAGUGAAAGCCCUAGCUGCCAAGACACCGCAAAAAGGUGGUAAAAUUGCCUAUCAAAAAAUGCCAAUAUCAUUAAUACAAAAAGGACAAACAUCAUCAUCAUCAUCAUCAUCAUCAUCAUCGCCGCAAAAAGAUGAAACCCCCUUGAAAUUAUCACCCGCACAGAUUAUCUAUCGAAAAGGAUCAAAGCCAAUUACUCAACAAAAUCCACCAGCUCUAGUACCAACGGCAGAAUCAUUAAAUGUUUCCACACAACGUGGAAAAUAUAUUUCAUCCUCUUCAUUGCAAAAGGCGACAAAAAUUCCUAAACAAUUCCGCGCUGGAAUGCAAACAAAAGGAAUUAUUCGAAAAUCACAAGACGAUGAAAUAGCAUCGCCAAUUUCAAAAAUAGUCAAAUCACCACAAAAAAUAACACGUACAAAGGGAAAGAGAAAUAUUUUAAGCGCCGCUCUCAGUUCAAUUUCAAUAACAACAGCGAGUUUGGCAACAACAUCAGCAUCGGCAACAACAACAACAACAAGUACAAUUCCCCUCGAUCUCCCUCCACUUGAGCCAAUAAAUCCCGAGAAGAAACCAAAGAUUGAUACCGAACAAGAAGUAGUGCCAACCCAACAACCACAAAUAAUAGCUCUACCAUUUGAAAAUAGCGAUGGAACACUAUUGAUGUUGAUGACAACUGACGACAACAAUGCUCUAAUGUCCCUCGAAGGUGCUGUCGACAAUAUUGUCCUUCAAUUUGACAAUGGCACAGUCUCAAGCCUUCAACCUGCCGUCAGUGAAAAUCAAAUAAUCGAAACCACUUAUGCAUCAUCAGAUAUUGUUCAAACAUCAAGUCAAGAUAUUUUAGCGGCAGCUCUCGCUAAUAGUGAUUUCCAACCUGAAAUAACACCAUCGCCACCUUUACAAUCACCUCAAUCAACGUCAACUAGCGUUGGUCUAACUCAAACAAGUCUCAUUAAUCAAACAAUACUUCAAUCAACAAUAAUUCCACCAACCGAACCAAUUACAUCGGCCUCGGUUCUUGAGACAUCGUUAACUCUCAAUCAACCAAUAAUGACACCACUUGAAGUACCCAGUAAUCUAUCAACAUCACUGCAAUCCGAAACAAAUUCAAAUAUUUCAUUUGUUGCCGGCGAAGUACAAAUACAAAUUCCCGGUAAUUCAAUGCCCGAUAUUGGUGAAAUGAUGGAAGGCGGAAACGAUACACAAAAUGACGAUACACCAGUCACGCAAUAUUUAGUCAUUCCCGGUAUGGAGAAAGAUAAAAUAUCAUAUUCUGUCUCAAUACCCGAAACAAUGAUGAUCGAUACUAAUCAAGGACAAACAACCCCAUCGAUGCCAAUUAUUGAUGAUUCAUACGUUGAGGAUGUUCAAUAUAAUGCAUCAAUUGAGACGUCAAAUGAAAAUUUCGCCGAUGUUUCUGUAUCGGAUAUGUUGGUCUCAAAAACAUCGACAACAGUCAGUGAAUCGCCAAUUGUUGUUUCAUCGGAAAUCACAACAAUUCCCCACGAUUCCAGUAUUGAUGUUCAGGAGGAAUCGGUAAUCACCGAAGAUUAUAGUACGCAAAUAAUAGAGGCAAAUGAAACAUCAAAUAUUGAUUCGUUUGCGAAUCAAGAGGUACAAAUUGAAUCAAGUGAAAUUGAGAUUCAUCAUCAAUCGGGAAUUGAAAUUGCCCACGAGAUGGAGACAUCUGAUUUUCAAAUUGAAACAACAACAUGUCAGGAGGAGGAAAUAGUUACACAUCAACAAGAGGAAAUAGAAGCGCCCGUUAUGAUUGAAACAUCAGAAAUUGAAACACCGCAUGAAAUUGAAAUUUCCCAAGAAAUUGAAGCAAAUGUUACGUCUCAUGAAAUUGAAACCACUCAGGAAGAAAUUGAAACGUCUGAUAGUCAAAAUGUAACGCAGGAUCAGAUACAAAUUUUCGAUGAGGCGGAAUCGUCAUAUGUGACAGAAACUGAGGAAGUUGUACAACAUCAUCAAAUUGAUGAUGAAAGACCCGCGACAUCGAAUGAUGAACAAGUAUUGACAUCGAAUCGAUUGGAUGAUAAUAUGGAAAUUGAGGAAGUUCAAAGGGAUCAUUAUAUUUUGGAAAGUUCGAGUAUUUCUCAAGCUGAUGAAUUGACAUCGCAUCAUCAUCAUCAUCAUCAUCAUGUUCAGGAGGAUGAUGAUCAAUUAAUGAGAGAUGAUUCAAGAAUUAUAUUUGAGGAUACUGUUACCGACACUAGUCAAGAAGCGCCAUCGCAAUCUUAUGGACAAUUUGAUAAUUCAAUGAUCAAUGAUAAUAAUGUGGAAGUGCCUAGUCAAUCAGCGAAAUCGGAAAAUUCAAGGGAACCAUCACAAUCGGUGGGCUAUGAACCAAUGGAAACGGACGAGACCGUCUCUGGUGAGCCCCCGUCUCAAUCUUUCGAAGAUUCAACAACGAGCGAGGCCACACAAUCCUAUUCAUCGGGAUUAGCUGAUAUCAGUACCGACACACCAACUCAAUCGUUCAAUGAAAUUGAUCAAUGUCAAAGUGGUGAACGAUUAAUGAACACAAACGACGACAACAAUGACGUUGAUCAAAUGGAUGAUCAAAGUUUUCCAACUCAAAGCUAUGAAGUUGGUAAAAUGGAUAAUCUUUCUGAAAAUUUAGAAACCGAUCCCGAAAUAAGUCAAGAAGGUAAUAUUCCAUCACAAUCAAAUGAUAUAACAACCGAUGAUGGAAUUGGAACAUCAUCAGUUUCAACAAAUAAUUUGAAUCUCAAUGAAGAUGAAACGGCAAGUUCAUCAUACGUUCCCGAAACACCCGAAACACAAGAACGUGAUCAAGAUCAAGAGAGUGCAAUUAGUACAUCAUCCUAUGAGAUACCACCAUGUGAAGAACUUAAUAUUGCAUCAUCCUCAAUACCCGAUACAUCGGAACACUCGAGUAUUCACGAUAAUGGAAUACUCGAAAUUCCCACAUCGUCCUAUAAUUUAAAUCCCGACAGUAGUAGUUCAACGCACGUUGAUUCAGUUCCCACAUCAAGCUAUCAUGAAGAUCAAGUGAUUCUUGAACAAAAUGUUUCAACAUCAUACGAUGUUCCAAUAUCAAUGCCACGUCUCGAUGAAACAACAACAACAACAACGUCGUCACAAAAUUUUGUCACCGAAAGUUCCGAUCGUCGCAAUGAACCAACAAGUUAUUAUCGUGAAGCUACUGCCAGUUAUUAUGGUUCACAGCAACAUCAAGAUCCAAAUUCACGACUAAUUGAAGAUCCACAACCAAGUUAUUAUGGUUCCAAUACACAUCAUCAACAUCAUCAUCAACAACAACAGCAACAGCAGCAACAGCAUCACCAUCAUCAUCAUCCUCAUCAUCAUCAGGAGGCAAGUCAAAGUUAUUUUGCACCUGAGGAAGCGACUCCAAGUUAUGCGAGUCACAAUCAAGUAUCGCCAAGUUAUUAUGAUCCACCACCUGAGGCAGGUGAAGCAAGUCAAAGUUAUUAUUCGGCACAAGAAUCCGAAAGAACCGAACUACAAUCAACGUCGUCGUCAUCGUCAACAACGCAAAAUAUGGAAGCCUCGCAAAGUUUCUAUCAAGAAGAUAAUAUGAGACUGAGACAAAGAGGUGAGGCAACGCCAACAUAUUCUGAUCGUUAUCCCGUUGAAUAUGCAUCGACAAAUUCACCAUUGGAGAGGCAUGAUUUAGUUGAAAGCUCAGUUCCUGCAACACGACCCACGGAAAGAUAAUACGAUUUUUAAAAAAUCCAUUUUCCUUUUUUUCCCCCGCUGGUCGUCAUUUUGGAUCUAUUGAAAAGCAAAAAAAAAAAAGAAAGAAAAAAAAACCUGUAAAUAGUACUUUAAAAAAAAAAACUUUCAAAUAAUAAUCAUUUAAGAGUAAAUUUACGUCUUACUAUUAUAAUUUAUAAUAUUCUAAUAUUCAUUUAAUCAGGUGUGAAUGAUUUCUGACACGGAUUUGAUCCGUCAGAUUCUUCAGAACUCAAGCAUUGAUUUCAAAUUUAAAAUUAUAUUUUAUUUCAAAAAAUAUAUUUUUUUUGAUGGUUAAUUUUUACUUCACCAUCUAAUUUUAUAUAUAUAUAAUAAUAUAAUAUAUAAAUAUAUAUAUGUAGUAUAAUAUAUCUAUAUGCAAAUAUAAUUUUUAAGACAUAUAAUUUUAUAUAAUAUAAGAAUAAAUUUUUUUUUAUGUAUUUUUUGUAUAUCCUCUUUCUCUUUCUCUCUCUCUCUCUUUUUUUUGGAAAAUGCGAAAAAAAAUGUGAAAUUUCAAAUUUGCUCGAGUUUUGAAGAAUUCUUCAUGUUCUCUUAUAUGACUGAAGAAAAAAUGUGGUUUUGUUGUGGUAUAUAUAUAUAUAUAUAUAAUAAUGUUAUCGAUAUUGUUUCAUUGCUUAGUGAUAAGUUGUUGCUUUCCGAAUAGUUUUUGACUUGAGAAAAGAAAAAAAAAUUUCACAAAUCGAGAGAUAAUUUUCUUUUUUGUCUUCUACAUAUUUUUUUUACAAGUUAAGAGUUAUUUUGCCGUAUGAAAGAAAAUACAAAGAAAAAGAAUUUUAUUUGCAAAAUUAAAACUUAUCGGAGCAAUAGAGAUAAUAUUUUUACAAAGCGUUCUUUACAUACAUAAUGUCUCUAUUAAGAAUUAAACUAUUAUAUUCGAUAAAGUAAAUUUUUUUUUUUUUUUGUUCGCGUUUUUGACGAGAAAAGAAUAGUAAAUGAGCUCUUUAAAACUCACUUUUUAAAAAAAAGAAAAUAAAUACUGAAAUUUAAAUUUCCAGUGUCAAAUCCGUUUUCAUUUAAAAAUAAAUUUUUUGUAAUGUUACGAAAGAACAGAUGGGCAACUUUGAUCGUUAAGGUUUAAUGUUUACUUUGUAGGAAUUAGUAUAAAUCACUACGAACAUAAAAAAAAGCCUAUUAUUUCAACUAUACCACUGUAAUCUUGAGUGUUACAAGAUAAUCGUAAGAGGAAAGAAAAAAAAAUCACGAAUAUAUUAAUCAUGGAAAAUGCAUUUUGCUUGACAUGGGAAAAGAUUUUUUUUCUGUACAUAAAAAAUGUACUCGUGAUAGAAUUAUUGUAGAAUUGAAGAGAAAUGAUAAUUAGAGGAAGAAAAAAAAAGAAAACCGAAUAUAAAGAACGUUCGAUUGAUAAUGUAUUUAUAUUAAUUUUUAUAUAAUAUAAAAAAAAGGAUGUUAAAUGUAUGGGGAGUAAUUAAGGUUUAAAGAAACAUAAUUAUUAAAAAAGAUGAAAUAAAUAUUAAUUAUAUUAAUUUUAAUAUUAUAGUCUACAUAUUAUAAUAUCUAUUAUAAAAUAAAAUUGGGGAAAAAGAUAAUUCUUCUCUCCAAUGGCAUUCUUUAUAUUCUUUUUCUUGUGUAAGAAUUUUUUUGUAAAUUGUAUACGCAAAUUUUUACAUGCGGCUCUCUUUUAACGAUGUCAAGCAAAAAAAAAAAAAAAAAAUGCGCAUUUUCUAUACGAUUAUGUUCUGAUUAAUAAUUAUAUUCUUUAUAGUCUCACGUUAUUCAAAACACAUAUGUUUUUAUUUCUCGUGGCGAUUUUAAACGCGGUCACGUAUGUAUAUAUUACCUAUGUUGAUACCAGGAUUAAUAAAGAAUUAUAAAUCACA